UAGAGAUCUGCGUUCGGGGCGAAUGGCAACUGGUUAUUGCUUGGCGAAUUGCGCGGCGCCAAUCUUUUGACGAAAUUCUCCCAAUGAAAACGUAAAAUUUAAAAGAAAAAUUCAAACAAAACAAAUAUUCAAUUUCCAGUUUGGAACUGUCAAAUGGAUAAAGUAGCAAAUGUCCAAGAGGAGGAUGAAGAGGGUCCCCUGAGCGUUGCCAAACUAAUGGGCGGCAGCAUCACGGCCAAGGACAUCAAGCUCCUACAGCAAGCCAGCCUGCACACCGUGGAAGCCGUAGCCAAUGCCACCAAGAAGCAACUGAUGGCCAUACCGGGCUUGGGCGGCAAUAAGGUGGAGCAGAUCAUCACGGAGGCCAACAAACUAGUGCCUCUGGGCUUCCUUAGCGCCAGGACCUUCCACCAAAUGCGGGCGGAUGUGGUGCAACUGAGCACGGGCUCCAAGGAGCUAGACAAACUCCUAGGUGGCGGAAUCGAAACCGGAUCCAUCACGGAGAUCUUUGGGGAGUUCCGCUGCGGCAAGACCCAAUUAUGUCACACGCUGGCGGUCACCUGCCAGCUGCCCAUCAGCCAGAAGGGCGGCGAGGGCAAGUGUCUGUACAUCGACACGGAAAACACGUUCCGCCCGGAGCGACUGUCCGCCAUUGCGCAGAGAUUCAAGCUAAACGAGGCCGAGGUGCUGGACAAUGUGGCCUGCUCGCGGGCCUACAACUCCGAUCAGCAGACCAGGCUAAUCCAAAUGGCAGCGGGAAUGCUCUUCGAGUCCAGAUACGCAGUGGUGAUUGUGGACAGUGCAAUGGCGCUCUACCGAUCCGACUACAUAGGACGCGGUGAGCUGGCCGCCAGGCAAAACCAUCUGGGCUUGUUCCUGCGCAUGCUGCAACGCCUGGCAGACGAGUUCGGUGUGGCAGUGGUCAUUACCAACCAGGUGACUGCCUCGCUGGACGGCGGACCGGGCAUGUUUGCCGGCGACGCCAAGAAACCGAUUGGAGGCCACAUAAUGGCACACUCCUCCACCACGCGGCUGUAUCUGCGCAAAGGCAAGGGCGAGAACCGCAUCUGCAAGAUCUACGACUCUCCCUGCCUGCCGGAGUCCGAGGCCAUGUUUGCCAUCCUGCCGGACGGAAUUGGAGACGUGAAGGAAGGCAACUGAUCCCUAGGUUUCGUUACUAAUAUUUUACCGAAUAUAAGAAACCAUCUAUGAUCACGAAAAUCCCGCGAAAAAUUUACAUCCAAAAACAGAGUGGGAUAAUGUACCUUCUAUAUUUAAUUCAAUAAUAGUCAAAACAUCUACACACUUAGUAA